UUGUCAAAUAAACUUUAUGCUUAAGGCCUACAUAAACAGCCAACCAUUCAACUAAAAUCUUUACCGGAGCAAGAAGAAAAGAAAACCAAAGAAACUUAAAAAAAAACAGUGAACAUAAUGGGAAGCAAAAAUCUUACGGCGACGUUGCUCCUCUUCACCACCUUUCUCUUCAUUUCCCGAUCAACCUCAGCCGUUCAUUCUCCUCCACGACUAAACGCAACAACCAACGAUCUAACUUUCAUCCGAACAAGCUGCAACGCAACUCUAUAUGCAGACCUCUGCUUCAACUCUCUCGCUGGCUACGCCUCUGCCGUUCAAAACAAUCCGGCUAGGCUAGCCAAACUAGCUAUCGGAGUAACCAUUUCAAAAGCUAAAUCAACGGCUCUUUUUCUUACCAAGUUCUCGCACUCCGCUACCAAAGCCAAAGACUGUGCUUCUUACCUUAAAGACGCACUCGACGAGAUGAGAGAUUCUCUCCGAACACUACGCAACAUUAGCCGCGGAGUAGGCAUUGAUUCGGCAGCUCCGUCAUCGGUGGAGAUGUUUAGAUUCAAGAUGAGUGACGUGCAGACGUAUAUGAGUGCAGCUUUGACGUAUGAGGAUACUUGUACGGACGAAUAUGAUGAAACGGAUGAAGUUGGAGGGACUAAGACGGCUGUUUAUGAUCGGGUGAACAAUCUGAAGAGGUUAACUAGUAAUGCUCUUGCGCUUGUUAAUAGUUAUGCCAACAAUGGAGCUCCAUGAGAUAAGAUCAUGAAAUAAGCUCAUGAAAGAGUUUUCUUAACCUUUUAUUUAAAUGUUUCUUCUGUUAUUUUUUUACUUUGUUAAAUAUUUAUUUUGAUAAUAUGGUAUAUUAUGGAUUUUAACCUUUUAAUUUUAAAUAUAUCAUAGUUGAAUU